CUUGGCGCUUUGACCUGCCCGGCGCCGGCCAAGGCGCCCUGGACUCGCGCUGUGCCACUCGCUCCCUGCUCCUUCCUUCUCGCCGGGGCUCCUUCCUCUUAGGUGGGGCUUCGGGCGUUUCUUUACGAGGCGCCCCGCCGGCUCAGCCCGCCGAUUUGCUCGGCGAGGGAUGUCUGCAAAGGCUCGUGGGCAGCGCCGGGGCGAGUGAGGCGGGUUCUGGGCGGGGGAAGCGCAGCCUCCAGCGCGCCGCGCCGCCGCCACUCCUGGCCAUUCCGGCGCGGGGCUCUGCGCGCAAGAGGCUCCGGGGACCUGCCAGGAUCCAACUCCUCCAGUCGCGCCUCUCUCUCUCAACACGCGCGCACCAGCUGGGACUCUACUUAGCGCAGCCCAGGAAAGGGAAAAGUGGUUUCAGAGCCCUGGGAUUUUCAAAAGUAUUCUUUCGCUCCCCUAAACCGGAACCGCUGGGCACCUCCGGGCCCCUUCAGGACUCAAUCCUUCAGUGGGUCGGUUUCAUAUCUUGGAUAUUACAUUUUGCAUCUGAAGAUAAUGGCAUUUCUAAGUCUCCAAGUGUUGAUUGGGCUGUUUAUUUUCUUUUGCACUGUAAACGGAUCUUCGCUGCCGCAGGCCAGGGUGUUCUUAACAUUCAAUGAACUGCAGGAAACGAAGACCGCUCAGUUUUAUGCUCUUUCCCACCACCCCUUAGACUACAGGAUAUUGGUGAUGGAUGAAGAUCAGGACCGCAUCUACGUUGGCAGCAAAGAUCACAUUCUGUCUUUGAAUAUCAAUAAUAUAAGCCAGGACCCUCUGAGUAUAUUCUGGCCAGCAUCAACAACCAAAGUUGAUGAGUGCAAAAUGGCUGGCAAAGAUCCUACACACGGUUGCGGCAACUUUGUCCGUGUGAUACAGACAUUCAACCGCACCCAUUUAUAUGUUUGUGGAAGUGGCGCGUUUAGCCCUGUGUGUGCGUAUCUCAACAGAGGGCGAAGGGCAGAGGAGCAAGUUUUCAAGAUCGAUUCCAAAUGUGAAUCUGGGAAGGGCCGCUGCUCUUUCAACCCUAAUGUGAAUACCGUUUCUGUUAUGAUCAAUGAAGAACUAUUUUCAGGGAUGUACAUUGAUUUCAUGGGGACUGACGCUGCCAUUUUCCGCAGUUUAACCAGACGGAAUGCUGUGAGGACCGACCAACACAAUUCCAAAUGGCUGAGUGAGCCUGUGUUUGUGGAUGCCCACCUCAUCCCAGAUGGCACUGACCCCAACGACGCUAAAGUCUACUUCUUUUUCAAGGAGAAACUGACGGACAACAGUGGCAGCACCAAGCAGAUCCACUCUAUGAUUGCUAGAAUAUGCCCGAAUGACACUGGUGGACAACGCAGCCUUGUGAACAAGUGGACAACUUAUUUGAAAGCAAGACUUGUGUGUUCAGUAAUGGAUGACGAUGGCACAGAAACCUACUUUGAUGAAUUAGAGGAUGUGUUCCUGCUAGAAACAGAUAACCCCAGAACAACGCUGAUAUAUGGCAUUUUCACAACAUCCAGCUCUGUAUUUAAAGGUUCAGCAGUCUGUGUGUAUCACUUGUCUGAUAUCCAGAGAGUGUUCAAUGGGCCGUUUGCACACAAGGAAGGGCCAAACCACCAGCUGAUUCCCUAUCAGGGAAGAAUUCCUUAUCCACGACCUGGGACUUGUCCUGGAGGAGCCUUCACACCCAACAUACGGACCACCAAGGAGUUUCCAGAUGAUGUGGUCACCUUCAUCAGAAACCAUCCCUUGAUGUUUAAUCCCAUCUAUCCAGUCCAUAAGAGGCCAUUAAUAAUCCGCACAGGCACAGACUACAAAUAUACAAAGAUUGCUGUCGAUCGUGUCAGUGCGGCAGAUGGAAAAUACCACGUCUUGUUUCUUGGAACAGACCAGGGUACAGUACAGAAGGUUGUAGUCCUGCCCACUAACUCCUCUGCAACUGGAGAACUCAUCUUAGAAGAACUGGAAGUUUUUAAGAAUAAUGUUCCUAUAACAACAAUGGCCAUUUCAUCUAAAAAGCAACAGUUGUACGUGAGCUCGGACGAAGGGGUCACCCAGGUUUCCUUGCACCGCUGUCAUAUUUACGGGACGGCCUGUGCCGACUGCUGCCUCGCCAGAGACCCUUACUGUGCUUGGGACGGCAAUUCCUGCUCCAGGUUCUACCCAACAGGGAAAAGGAGAAGCCGAAGACAAGAUGUGAAGCAUGGAAACCCUAUGACUCAGUGCCGAGGAUUUAACCUAAAAGCUUACCGCAAUGCAGCAGAGGUAAUUCAGUACGGAGUAAAGAAUAACACCACCUUCCUUGAGUGUACGCCAAAAUCGCCACAGGCCUCCGUUAAAUGGCUCUUGCAGAAGGACAAUGACAGAAGGAAAGAGGUCAAACUUAAUGAAAGGAUCAUAUCAACCGAACAAGGGCUCUUGAUUCGCUCUGUCCAGGAUGCUGACCGAGGGCUUUAUCACUGCAUUGCGACGGAAAAUGGCUUCAAGCAAACGAUAGCAAAGGUGAACUUCAAGGUGCUAGAUUCAGACACAGUGGCCUUCAUGACUGAAAAGUGGUCCCCGUGGACAUGGGCUAGUUCACUCCAGUCUCUGCCCUUCCAUCCAAAGGACUUGGCGGGAGCCUUCAGCCACUCGGAACUGCAGAUGAUUAAUCAAUAUUGUAAAGACACGAGGCAACUUGGCCAGCAGGCCGAAGAUUCCCAGAAGAUGAGAGGGGAUUAUGGCAAGUUGAAGGCUCUCAUCAACAGCAGGAAAAGCAGGAACCGAAGAAAUCAAUUGCCUGGAUCCUAAGGUUUUGUCCUGGAGCAUCAAACUUUUUUUCAUACCCUCCCUCAAGGGAUUUUUGGGGGGGGGUUUUUGGGGGGGUGUUUGUUUUCCUGCUGAGAGCAUAGACAAAACAUUAGCAAAGCAAGCCCGAAAAAAGAUAAAAGAUCACGAAAUGCAACCUACAUAAGCUAAAGAGGAGGGCAGGCGGGAAACCACAAAUCCAAAGAGAUUUAUUUGUGAAGUGCCCACUGACACCAGAUAGAUCCUUAACUUUAACACCAUAUGGUUUGCCUUAACCCACUUUCUUGCAUGACGUUUAGAUGCCAUCUUUCUCUUCCUGAGAAGGGACACAGAAAUAGACACGCCAGAUCUCAAACUUGGUGGCAAAGCAAAGGAAGCGUUUGGGUUAAGAGGGAUGUACUAAGUGUUGUACGAACGUCUCUUCCAUAUAUGUCUCUGUUUAUAGUACAUUGCAUUGAAAAGCUCUGAAGCAAGCACUUAAAAGUCCGUUUCUCAUAUUAGUAUUGAAAACACAGCUCAGGGCUUCUCAAAUGUAACGUGGGAGCGGUAAUGAUUAUAUCUCGUUCCCUCUUAGUGGGGUGCAUUACAUGUACAGCUCACUCCCAAUCUUUUUUGACAUGGUAAACUCUCUGUCAUGUGACUCUAUUGCUUUUAAAUAUUUUUUUUUCUUCCUCAGAAAGCUUCAGUGCAGCUUACCUUUGGAUUCCCAGUCCAGGGACAGAACUGCUAGGUUUCAGGAGUCAAACUGUGCUAUGUGUUAUUUGAUCCUUAUGUAGCCAGUUAAUUGUAGGCAAUGAAUAUACUUUAUGAAUGCAAGAACAGAGCACUGGCAGGUACUAUAACUUUUAAAACCAGGAUAAAAUCACAUGGGCUGUAGAGGCAGGUGGUGUUGAGCUGCUAUUAGUAGUCCUGUGCCCUUUGGUAUUUCAAUUUUUGGGGGGCAUUUGCCUUGGGAAACCAGCAAAGGUGGGUGCAGGAGGGCAAUAGGACCAAAGUUAAGCACUUUUGAGGCUGCAAUCCACACUUACCUGGGAGUAGGGAUGGGGGAGGAAUUUGAUUCAGUUUGCAUUGAACGGAGAAGUUACCUAAUUCACACUUUCAGAAGCCAUACACAGGCAUCUUUCAAAGUUUGCACUUCUCACAAUUUUGCAAUGCAGUUCUACAACCAAGUAACGCAUACAAAUGCAUAAAUUCACCCAUUCCUAUCUGAGAUUCAGUCCUAUUGAACUCAGUGGAGCUGUGUUUUGGCAAUGUUGUAAUUUUGAUGACUCCAGCAGAUUUGGAGAUUGAACACAUUAAAAUGAGGGAGGGCAGACUUCAGGUUUGUGGGAUCUACCUUAUUUUCUUACUGGGACACUGAGACGCACCAAGUGGAUCCAGAGGUAAAGGAUUAGAGUUAAAAGAGCCCAGGAAUUUGUUUUGAGUAACAGAACUGAAUAGAGCUCACAGUCCUCCUAUUCAAAAACUCACUUGGUCACUCCCUUUUACUCAUGUCAGCAGUAUAAUUUUAAGAGGAAAGUAAUUUUGUUGUUGUCAUUGUUGUUAAGCAAUGGAGUGUCAGAAAUCCUUGCUGAUCUGCUUCAAAUCACCCACUGAACUACCGUCUGCCCACCCCUGUAUCAAAACACACCCACCUCUCCCCUCCUUUGUGUAUUUGAAUGAGGGGAGGGGAGAGAUAAUUUUGAAGUUGAAAACUUCUAUGAGACUUUAUAGAAUUUACAGCCUCCAUUAGGUAAGCACGUUUGUUUAAGACCACCACCAUUCUGCCGCCAUUUUAGACUCUUUCCUUCUACCUUCAAAUAACUUCUGUCAACCAGAGGUUUUGCUCUUCUCCCAGUGAUCAUGAAGAAACCACUUCUGCCAAACUACAUCAUCUGCCUUUCCAGUCUUCACAGCUCCUCAGUGCAUUCCAGCCUUAGACAUGACACCCAAAUUGUCAAUUGGAAAGCACAGGACUGAGGUGCGCCUGGUGCGUCUCAUGAGAUGCUAUUGAAAGCAGAAUCCACAUUGUGUGUUGCUCUCCUUUCCCUUGCAACAUUUAGGGACACUAAACCAUGGCAUGAUGGGACAUGGUGUGUGUGUAUAAAACUAUACAAUGUCACAGAGACAUCCAAGUUACAAAACCAAAUAUUUUGGGCCUUCACGAAAUGAAGCUACCUCCUGUAGUCUGAACGCUGGUCCUUUAUAGGUCCUAUUUUCUGAGUGCUGCAGUUACUUGUUUGGCUUUUUUCUUCUUCUACCAAGCACAUUCAAAGUACAGUUGAUACAACAUUUAAUAUCAUUUAUAACGUAAUUUCUUCCAGAUGAAGGACGGCAGCUGAUAAGCUUUCAAGGGCACAAUUUAUUUCUCUUAACAGCCAAGUAUGGUUGUAUCUGACUAGGCGCCCAUUAGGCCCGAGGAAUGACAACAGUUAACAUGCUUUAUUAAAAACAAAAUGUUGGCAAUAUGUGUGGUUCAGUUAACAAAAUCAGUAGAGCUUUCUUUUCCAUAAUAAUAUUUUUAAAGCUGCUUUAUAUAUAGUUACAAUGGUAUGACUGUUUAAGGGAUAAAACAAACAUUUUCCCCACACACCUGCUGCAUGAAAAUGUAUGUAUCUAGAUAAAGACCUUUUAUUGAUUUGUAGCCACUCCAGCCUUCCAAGCUGCAACAGAUCUCCAGCAUUUAUGAAAUCCAGGUCUUCAGCUAAAUAUAAUCAUUAUAGAUGACUGUGAAAUAGUUUACACUAGAUGGCAAUAAUGUGUCUAAGGCUUUGUUCACCCAUUCUGCUUACAGUAGCCUGUGGAGCAGAGCAACCCCAGGGUCAUGGAAAUAAACCAAAUGUCCUGCUUGGAAGCCAGUCUUGGGCUCAUGCUAGCUUCCUUCACCAUCUUGUACGAGGCAAGGCCUGCUUGCUUGGCCCAAAUCUAGUAACGUGUUUAUCCCUUUUUGUCAGAGAUAGAUAGCAGGAGUAAGUCUUAUAUGUACAUAUGGUAGGUAACCCAAGGUAUGGGCAUGGCCGCAACCCAUUCAUAAUUUGGGUUGCCUUUUCCAUCUCUACAAGAUCUCCUUUGAUAUGUGGUGACCAGAUCUGUAUAUAGUAUUCCAAGUGUUGUCACACAAUGCAUAGCUAUGUAUAAAGGUAUUACAGUAUUGCCGGAUUGAUUUGUAAUCCUUUUCCUAAUGAUUCCAAACACGGAAUCCACAGCUUCCACACACUGGGUCAGUCUUUUCAAUUAAACUGCCAACCACGACCCCAUCAGUGGAUAUGUGGAAUGAGGAUUUUUUGGUGCAGUGUGCAUGACAUUGCCCUUGCUUGCCUGGAACUACAUUUGCCAUUUCAUUGCCUGUUUGCUUAGCUUGGAGAGAUCAUUCUGGGGCUCUUCACAAUCCACUUUUGUUUUGACCACCCUGAAUAAGUUGAUGCCACUGCAAAAAAAUGGUCGUGUGACUGUUCAUCCCUCACUUCAGAUCAUUUAUGAACAAGUUUAAAAAGCAAGCGGAGGAUUUCCUACAUCCCUUUAUUAUGGGAACUGGCCAUUUUUCUUGCUCUCUGCUUCCUCUUCUUUAACAAGUUACCAUCAACACAUGCCAAAUGGAAAGAAAACCAGACCUUUCAUUUUUUGUUCUGUUCCUAGCGAGUGUGUACACCAUCCCACAAAGACGCUUCAAGCUGGAGUCCCACUGGAAGCAAUUGAACUGAACUCACGUGAUGAUUAAUUUGUCAUUGUUCUCAUUGGAAUUAAGGGUAACGAACCUUAGGAAUAUUUGGCCUUUUCCGUCCUGAGACCCUACCACCAGGUUGACCUCCGAACACAGAGUUGCUAAAAUGUGAUGAACAAACCUAUUUUUUACAUGUACAGGGUAGUUUCCGUUAGAGUUUUUACAUGUUCAGAGUUUAUCCCCCUAUACAUAACAUGAACACUUAUGUUUAUAAUAUUGGUUUGUUUGUUUGUUGUUAUUUAAUGUCUUCCUGUUUUGAGGAUACUGACAAAAGGGUUGUAUCCAAUGGGUUCUAUGACUUCCCCUUCCUCUCCUCUUCCUGAACACACCCAAAAUCUGCUCUAUCGGGGGGGGGGUCUGCAACUGUUUGGAGCAGAUUUUGAGGGUGUGAAGGGGGCUUCAGGGAAGGGGAAGUUCUGUUGUGCACGUGGAACUCUGCUGCAUGAACAGAAAAGUGGCAUUGGAAGCAACCCCCUGUAUAUAUUUGCAUUUGUUUAAAAAAUGUUUUAAAUGCCGUCUUCUGGUCAUAACUUUGCCAAAUGUAAAGAAAGUCAAUACUAUUCAUCGGUGUGUACGAAAUUUGUUUUAUGACGCCUUUGUUGUCGUUUGUAAAGUUGGAUUGAAAUCUUCAUUCAACCAUGUGUUCUUUGUGAUAAUUGCUACUGUAGAUAUGUGUAUUUCAUUUUUUUAAAAAAAAAACAGCCACCCCUUUUUUUCAACCAAGUAUGGUAAUGUGUACAAAUUUAGCAUGAUGAAACCCAUUACGGUGAAUACUCAAUAGCCCUUGGAUUAAAAAUAAAAGUAACACAAUACUAUUUAACUGAAUAUCCCAAAUGUUAUUUGCCUGAAAAAUAAAGGGUGUUCGAUCAA